AUGUUUACCCUUCUCCUCUGCGAAGGCGAUUACUGUAAUGUUCUGGAGCCACUGACAGGAGAAGAUGAAGAAUUCCAUCGUCUCGCUGGACAAAUGCACAGUGAUUUUGAAGAAAACCCGGGCAUGGCCAAUGUGAUAUUCAGGUCACAUGGAGGCAGUUGCUAUGGAAACAAGACCAUCAACAAUGAAACGUUUUUCUGUAUGACCAGCCAGACAGAUUCCAGGAGUGACACUGGACCACUUAGUAAAGACCCAGUGUUUUCUUUGGACCUGCUAGCGAGACAGAAAUUGUCAAAAGCUUACAAAAUAACUUUACUGUAAUCUUCUUACUCCUAACAAUCUGUGGCUUUCAAGUAACACUGCAAUAUUACAUACGUUCAUAUAUAAGUAAUGAUAAUUUAAUAGAUAAUAAUUCUGUGGUUUGAUACAAAACUUAUAUAUUGCCUAUUAUA